UUUACAGUUGACAGAUUUGUCUGCUAACCGUUUUGAAGUGAGCAAUAAUGGAUUUCGAAAAGGGAUAUUUCAAUCCCAAAACCGGAGAGAAUCAUGGCAUUUUCGGAUACAAAUACUUAAAAUUUCAUCGUAUGAGAGAUUGUAAAUGGGCCGCUGGCGAUAAAAUGAUACAGUAUGUCGGAAUGCGGAAAAUCUACGAACGCAGCAGGAAGCUCGAAACUCUUAGAACUAUUAUGAAGAGGAAAAGUAAGCAAGCUCAUGCUCGGGAUGUGAAAAAAUCAUUGAAAGAUGAUAUAGGGUACUUGCAUACUGCAACUGUUGGAGAUCAUCAAUUGGUUAAAAAUAUUUUCCAAAAUCAUCGAGAUGUACAGAGAGCAUAUCAUCCAUUAUUGAUAGAGAAAAUUGUCGAGAAAAUUGACCAGAGAACUUUUGCCAAACGGAAAAACCUAGACCAAUUGGUGAACAAACUUGAAGCACUGAGCAGUGCCUACGAAAAUGAAGUGAUCAAGGUUGCAGAAUUGCAGGACAGAACAAAAUUCACAGACCCUCAAGAACUCUACGAAGAGAUCGAGGCAAAGCGCUAUGAACUUGAAUUGAGACAUUGUGCCACACGUGUCCGCACUACGGAUGCUGUAAAUCGAGCUUACUAUAAGAUUCUUAACACAAUGCUGAAGGAUUCAAUGUACUAUGACCCGGUUCUCAAUGCUUUACAAGAAGAUCUCGAAGAACAAAAGCGUUUUAUUUUAAAAGCUAUAGGAAAAGGUAGACCAUCGAUGAAGAACGUUAAAAGUUUACGUUUGGAAUUUCAGAUGCUGGAGAAACAAACUAACAAUGAAAUGGCCGCUCGGUUUAAAACUCUCAUGGAACAUCGAAAUAUUGUUGCAAGUAAUACUGUGAAAAUUAAAACAUUCGUAAGGCGAGAUAGUGAUUUCGAUGUGAAUCCAUCGCGUUACGAUAGAGAUACAACCAGCAUGGCAGAUCUUAAGACCCAAAUGGAUGAGAUUGAAAAGAUCUUGAAACAAUUGAAAAAUGCAACAUCGACUGGAAAACCGAAAGAAAUUUAUCCAAGAGUUAAACAACAAGAAACGGAUUGUAUAAAAAUGGAAUCGAACUUAGUAAGACGUCAACACGAAACUAUCAUAGAACAACUCGAAACUGAUUCGGCUGAAUUGGACCGUGAGAAAUUAGCAAAUGAUUUCACACCAGAAGAAAUACGUUUCACAGUCGCAUAACGGAUUAUAAAAAUUUACAAAAUAAAAUAGACGCAGAGAAAGCCAAGCAAGCAAAAUUGAUGGAGGAAAUGAAAACUCAAACUGACAUUACUAAU